AUGCCGGGGGAAACGCAAAACACGUUCGACCUGGUGGACGUGGAGCCCAAAUUUCUGGAGUUCCACUACGAGGGUGCAGACAGCGUGGAAGCCUUCCUCGAAAACAAAAAAAAAGUAAUAAAAAGGAAGGGGCUGAAAAUAAAAAACAUUUGCACGAAGACGCAAAACAUUAAGAUAUGCGAAUGCGAUUCCAAGUGUCUCAAAAUUAAGGGGUUGAAAAAGAAGAAGUUGGCUCCUGGGACGAGCGAGCAAAUUUUGGUCGAGUUUUCCUUUGCGGACGUAAAUUUUAAAGAGAGCAAACGUGGGAAGCAAGAAGACAUCCUGGAGGUAGUUAACAACGUAGAGGCAACAUCCUACGUGACUAUACAGAGCGAAUAUACCACGCUGAGCAUUCCAAUCUACAUAAAGAAGAGCAUCCCCGUGUUUGCCUACGACGAUGUGAUAAACUUUGGAGUUUGCAACGCCAAUCGGACGUACCAUUUUGCCUUGAGGGUGAAGAAUGUGGGUACGAGGAGGGGCGCCUUUACGCUGUCCCUGGGUGACUCGCCAGGUGGAAAUGCAGACGAAUGCGAAGAUGGUAAACCGGCGGAGAGUGCACAGAGCGGGGAAAACUCAGUCAAACAGCACCGCCGAAACUGCCACUCUGAAGACAUGCUGAUUCGGCUGGACCAGUCUUCCCUCGAGCUGGACGUGGGAGAAACGAAGACCAUCAACAUCACCGUCAGCAGCAAAGUGGAGGGGAAAAUGCACAGGGAGUACAUAGUCGUUUCGAACCAACAUAGCUACUUCGUGGAGAAGCAGAGGAACAUCAACGUCUUGGCCAUUUUCACCAACAGCCAUACGUCUUUCCUCUUCGAAAAUGAAAAAACGAAUCUCCUAAAUCUCCACUGCUUGUACUAUGGGAGUAGGAAAAAGUACCAGGGGAAAAUAAAAAAUGAAAACAACUACGGCAUAUUUUGCACCCCCCGAGUGGAUGCCGUCCAUGUGUUUUACUCCAAGGAGGAGCUCCAAACGUUUGCGGCAGCCAGAGGGUUGGACCUGGGCCGGAUCUGCCGAGAUGUAUUCCUUGAGGAGGAAGAACGCCUAAGCGAAGGAGAAAAAAAGGAAAGGGAGAAACUAUUCGCCAUCACGAAGAAGAGGCUAAAGGGGGAGGAGCACAUAGGAGUCACUUUCUGCAGGGGGGAGGGCUACCCAGUUGAAAGGCUGUCCUAUCAAGAGGUCACAUUUGAGAUUCAGUCGAAGAGUGACGCCGGCCUCUUGCACAGACUCAGCAGGGACACGGCCUACCUGCUCAACUUCCCCGUCGUGGUGGAGUUGUCUCUGCGGGUGGGGCGCUCGCGCCGCGAGGCCAGCCAGGUUGGCAUCACUACAAAGCAGGCGCACAGAUCAACCAGCCAGGUUUGCAGCUCUGCAAAGCAGGAGCACAAAUCAACCAGUCAGGUUUGCAGCUCUGCAAAACUGCCGCAUAGCUCAUCCAAACUGCCGCCCCUCUCAACAAAACUGCCACACAGCUCAACCGAAGUGGGGGACUCCCACCCCUGCGACGAGGAGGUUAAACUGUGGGCGGCGUUCUGCCUGACCUUCCCCUGCGUCCUCCCCAGCACCUACCUCCUAAGCUACGGCAGCAUCGCCCCCAACGAGGGGAAAACGGUCAUCCUCGAGCUAACAAACAGGAAUAAAUUUCUAAAGGUUAGCUACACCCUUUCGAAGAUCCCCUACUUGACACUAAGCAAAAAGGAGGGGGUAAUCCCCCCCCAGGGGAAGGCACUCUUAUCGCUAAAGCUCCAGUGUGACAGCCUCAAAAUGGUGGAAGAAUACAUGUACAUAUAUUUUUGCAACAAUCUGUUUUUCUUUGUCCUUCUGGUGAGGGGGAACAUCACGUCUGCUAAUGCACUACGGAAGGGGACAUCCUCCAUUCUGCUCGACCCAAAAGGAGACUCACUGAAGAGGAACACUCCCCCACAGGGGGACUCCAAACAGGACCGAGACCAGGUAUAUGAGCAGAUCCUCCACAAUUUAGAACUCGAAAAAGUGAGCAGGAAUUACUACCAACUAGAUGGGAAGCUAGACAAAUAUAAGUACAACGAAAGGUUUAUCAAUUUUUUAAAAAAAAAUAAAAAAAAGUACAACGAUGUUUUGAAGCUCAUGUAUGAGGAGAGGAAGAAAAGCGAGUCAGUCAGAAGUGGGACCCAAAGUCAAGGCUCUCCUGACAAAAGUGGGAAAAUAAUAAAGGGGGGGACAGAUAAACUCUCCAAAAUUAUGACGGACAAAUUUAUAUACGUAAAUAACCCUCCAGUGGACAGAAUCUCCAACACGUGCAUCGAGAAGGGGGUCUACGAACGAGAGAGGAAGAAAUACAUCCAAAUGAAGACCACAAAUUGGGGAGUAAAAAAUGGGGAACCUUCCCAAGGAGGGGAGGAGCAACCCUACUUGUUACAAUUCGACAUGCUAGAUGAGGAAGAACUGAAGAGAGUGCAAUUCGUAAGGGUCAUUCAGUAUGGUAAUAUCUUUCUGGGAAAGGAGUACACGAGAAAGUUUGCCGUCUUUAACAGGAACAAGCACUGCAGUGUAAGGGUGGCCCUCACUCAUAGUGAAAACGUCACGACUGAGGGGGACAACCCUUUGGUAAUUCAUAGGGACUCUCACAAAAUGGGAAUCAUCAAACUGAACGUUAAGCGGUUUUCAACAGCGGAAGAGCCUCAUCAUGAUGCGGUUAGCGAUGGGGAUUUUCGAAGCCAAACGGGAGUGUCUACCCCCCUUUUUGAGGCCGUCAAUUUGCCAACCGGUGGAGGCACUUCCACACCGGAGGGAAACACACCUACAGCUCUGUGCGCCGACCCAUGCAACGACUUCUUCCUCCUCAAAACGUUCCAAGAGAAAAUUUCCCUAACAGUUAACGACUCACAUGAGAGGGAGGUGACUCUCGGGGCGACUCUCGUCUUUCUUAACAUCCUCGUCCACCCACACACUCUCCACUUUCGCUUCCACGAUGAGGACGUCGGGAUGUUUUGCGAGCGCCACCUCGUUUUGUAUAACCCCUUCAACGUCCCUCUGCGCGUGGGGAUGGCCUGCAACCGGGCGUGCGUCCAGUUGGACGCGGAGAUCUCGGUACCCCCCAAUUCGCACAAAAUAGUCCCCGUCAAGUUUGUUGCCACGGAAAGUGCCACCAGCGUGGCGGAGGCCAUUCGGCUGUACCUGGACGGGAGCAGGCUCUACAGAAGCUUAACCUGCAAGUGGAUCGCCAACAAGUGCUCCUACAGAGUGACCCCCGCCGAGCUCAACUUUGAAAACGUCCUUCUAAACAAAACUUAUGUGAAAGAGUUUUUCCUAAUCAACACGGGAGACUCCCCUGUGGUGUUCCGAUGCAGCUACAAACCCGAUUGCGUGAAUUUACUCUCGAAGCAUAACUACGUGAAGAAGAAUGAGAAGGUCAAAAUAUCGGUGCUGCUCAAUUUGAAGGAAUGUAAAAAAAUGAAGGACAAGGUUGUGCUGGCCGUUAGGGGCGCGCCUCAGUUGCUCCUCCCCCUGAGUGCCAAGGGCACCCCCUCCAACGUCCUCAUCAGCGGCGGGCUGCGCAUCCGCCAAAGGAGAGGAGAGCUCAAGUGCUACGAAAUGAAAAUAGCGAACAGAGGACCAUGUGAGGAAGCCAUCCUCCUAGACACAUCCCCUGUGGGCUUUCUAAACAUCCAAAUGGGCCACAACAACGAAAGGACCUUCUCCGAGAGUACCGGCAAAGAGUCCAAGGAUGCCAGUAAAAGAGAAAAUGUCCUAACGGUGGAGAGGACCUUCAACCAAGAGUAUGAUGACCUCCUGACGGAUGAAUGUGCCAAAUAUCAAUACAGCAAUUUUUUAAGGCUUCACAAUUUGGUGUCCUCCUGCUAUCAAAAUAAAGGGCAAAUCCUUUUUAAUGAAAAGAGGGAGCGAAAAAACAUCUACAGAGUUGUGGUGCCAUCCAAGUGCUUCCUCCCCUUGUACAUUCAAUGCUACUCCUCGAGGGCGCUCACGAAAGAAAUUACACUACAUAGUUUGCUCCACUGUAAUAGAGCUGCAUACGAAUGUAAGGAAGAAUCAAUCACCGUAGAUAUUGAGGAAGGGCACUUGGACGUGUCUCCCCCUUUUCUCCUUUUCACCGAUUUGCUCCCGCAGAAAGCUGACGAAGCUUACAUAACAUAUUUUUCGAGAGAGAGGAGGAAGAGACUGACAAUUAGAAAUGUGCUGAGUCAACCUGUGCAGUGGGCAGUCCGCUUGGAUGAGGAGAAGCGCAGGGAACUCUACACGGUUAGGGGCGCUCACAGGGGUGGGGAGCAAAUUGCUGAGCGGAGGGGAGAGGCGGGGAAGUCGAGGAGAGUGGGGAGUGACAUAAAAGGGAGCGCCAUAGGGGGUAGCGCCAAGCGGGGGGAAGCACCCGAAACGUGUGUCACACAGGGGAGCGCCAUAGGGGGUAGUGCCAAACGGGGAGGCGCAACCAAAUCGCCCGAGUCGGAUGAACCCGCGGAGGAGCGCCAGUACCAAGUGCACCCCAGCAGGGAGAGAGGCAUUCUACAGCCAAACGAAGAAACCACGGUGGAAAUAAAGCUAAGCGGCUUCAAGCAGUGCGGGAGGUACGUGGACGUGCUGGACAUCUCUUCCUCCCCAGUGGGUCCCCCCCACGGUAUCGACAGCGAAGAGGCGCAAGAGCAAAGGGAAGCAGCAGAAGGGGAGACACAUUUCGCCCUCUACAUGCUCAUACGGUGCGACGUCCCGAAGCUCCAGUUCGACGUGACCUACAUAAACAUAACUCACAACAAGUUGAAUGAGUGCAUUUCAUUCUCCUUCGGAAUAUACAGCCAUGGGUACCACUACGUGAGGGUCGAUUCGCAUCUGAAGAACCCCCACGCAGAGUGCUUUUCCAUCUCCCUCCACUUCAUCGACGGAAAUGAAAUAAACGAACGGGUGAAGAAGCUGCGCGUGCAGCUCAAGUGCAAAGCGUCCAGGUGGCUGACAUUCAAAUCCAGCAUCGUCCUUAGCGUGAUGGACCACCACCAGUACGCCCUUCCGCUCUUCGUGAGCAUCGACGAGGGGGUGGACUUCCUCCUGGGCAAGGCCAGCGGUGAGGGCAGCGGUGAGACAAGCGGUGAGAUCAGCGGGGAGACAAGCGGUGUGACCAGCGGUGAGACAAGCGGUGAGAUCAGCGGUGAGACCACCAAAGGCGCAACCCUAGAGAGAAGCCUGCACCAACAUUUGAACACAACAGACCUCCCAUUUGACAAGCAAAACGAACUCCUCUCCUUCUUUUGCAAAAAUGUGGAGGAAUCAAAAGGGGGAAGCACCAACGGAGAUAUAUACAAAGGACUCAAAAUAGGGAAAAUCAAAAAUGUGUAUUACCAUGAGGAAGAGGGGGUGUACCCACUGAGCGAAAUCGUUGGAGAUUACCUUUUCGUGUUUUUCCAAAAAAUGCUAUUAGGUAAAAGUUCCUUCCCCCAGGUGAUUGAAAGCACCAACGAUUUGUUUCUCUUCUUCGUGGACCUCCUGUUCGACCUCUUUUCCGCCACCUACCCAAAUAGAAAUCUGCAAAAUGCUAUUGCCGAGGUUAAGAGGCACCGAGCUGUCGUGGUGAAGGACAUGGAGCGACAGGACUUGCUGGAUGAGAGGUUGGCGAAACAUGUGAAGGCCCUCUGGAAGUGCUUGCAGGAGGAAUGCCUCCCAGUGGACCACCUCCUUUACGAAAACCUGCUGCCAGCGGAUCUGUACCUUCCCCACAUUCUGGCCAACGUGCCGGACCACUUCCACGUUGAAGAGAAGGACGAGGAGGACUAUGGUGAUAGCGCGGGUCACCUCUCCAUGCGAGACGUCGAGUCAUUUUUGCUAAACGGAAAUAAAAAAGUAUUCUACUUUGAGCGAAUUUUUAAAACGCACGUAAGGCUAUUCAGCUACUCCUGGGUUACCAUCUUCCUGGAGAUACUAAAUAGGAAGUUCUUUGGCCGGAUCAACAUCAGCUCGUUGGUCACUCUACGUGGGAUUAAACUCUACAGCAUAGAAAACAAGCUAAACGAAAAUAUAAAAAUGUGUAAAAUUAGCUACCUUGUAAUUUUAGAUACUCAAGACAGGGAGGUGAACAAGCACGUCUCAUUUUUAAGUGAAAAGAAGGGCAGGUCCAGGAGAAAGGACGUCACCACGUUGACCAACCUGCAGGUUGUUAGCGGCGGUACUGCUACGCUACGCACAGGAGGACAAUCUAUAAACACUCGUAAUGGCAAUCCCACUGAUGGGGAUAAAGGUACCCCCCAGAGAAGAGAAAAAUAUUCGCCCAAUUAUGUGAAGAAAAGGACGGCCAAGGACAAACCCUGCUGCGCCAUCAACUACUUCAAUUUUUACGAAAAUAAUUUCAUCGAUUUGAAGAAAAUUGCCAACAAAAUUAGCGGCUUCUGCUCCCCCGGGGGGGAAGAAGCGGCGCAGGGGGAAGCCGGCGCGCCGAUCGCGCAGCGCACGCCCAGCAGGCCUUUUAAGAAAGAGCCCACUAAGGAGACCGCUAAGCAAACCGCCCCAAACGCGCCAAACGGAAUUGUGCACUUCCAAAGCGCGGAGUGCAUCCUGUUCGAGUGGCUCUACUUCCACUACAACAAUGUGCACUACGCGAAGGUGGAGGAUAAGCGGUACGUGUUCAGGGAGGCCCGGGGGGGAGGCGACGAGGAGUUGUCCCACACGAAUGGGGCGAUGAAGGGGGGAGAGCCGGAGGGGGCGCGCAGGAGAGGAAGCCCCAGUGGAAGCACCAAUUGCGCCCCAAGUGGCAAUCCGCGCUUCGCCCCAAGUGGCAAUCCGCGCUUCGCCCCAAGCGGCAAUCCGAGCUUCACCCCAAGUGGCAAUCCGAGCUUCACCCCAAGUGGCAAUCCGAGCUUCACCCCAAGUGGCAAUCCGAGCUUCGCCCCAAGUGGCAAUCCGCGCUUCGCCCCAAGUGGCAAUCCGAGCUUCACCACAAGUGGCAAUCCGAGCUUCACCCCAAGUGGCAAUCCGAGCUUCACCCCAAGUGGCAAUCCGCGCUUCGCCCCAAGUGGCAAUCCGAGCUUCACCCCAAGCCCAGUUGGGAAAAACCCGAAGAUGAGCAGAAUCAACUUCCAGGUCGAAAUAAAAAGGAAGAAAAAGGAGGCCGAAAAAAAGAAAAAAGUGAAAGGCAUCGACGAAUUGAAGGACCUAGUGAUGGUCCUCUACACCAUCAUUUCGCACAUCCCCUAUUACCUAUUCUUUAAGAACAAAAUUAAAGUGAAAUGCAAGUCAAAAAGGGAUUACAACACAAACGUGGAAAUUCUCCUCAUAAUGCUCAGCGAGAUGAAGUUGAGCAGCCUAAUCAGUAGAGGGGUGCUCGCGCAGUUUAACCACCUCCACAUCUACCUGUUCUUGGCCUCUCUGUAUUUCAUCCUGCCGAGCUAUUUGCCCGGCUACUACUUGAUCCUGGACGACUUCCCCGCGUACGAGGUGGACUUGGGCUUGAUAACUGACGAGGUUGUGAACGGCCGCAAGAAGUGGAAGCAGCAACCGGGAUUGAGGCAGCCGCCAACCAAGGGGAAGCAGCAAACGGGAUUGAAGCAGCCGCCAGGUAAGAGCCCACUACCGCCCCAAAGCAAAGCCAACCCACACACCGAUGGGGGGGGCGAAAAAACCGGUUGCGGCGACGGACACUCCCUGGCAAACGAGCGAAUCAUCACGGUGUACAAUUUAAAUAGCCACAAAUGCAAAUAUGAGGUGUUUCUCAUUGGCUGCCACAAGUACCAACUGGAUAGAAACCACCUCUGCAUUGACCCCCUGAAGGCGGAACAAAUAAAAUUAAAAAUAGACAGGGGGUAUGACGAACAGGCGUUGAGCUAUAGCUACCACACUAGCAUUAAGCUUUCAUCAUUUAAGAAAAAAAGAGACAAAGGGGACAUGUGCGACGGGGAGGAACCCCACCUGGAGGACAGCUGCUCCGUUUCGUCCUGCUCCUCGGAAGAGUGCCAGUGCCCCUCCGACGGGGCCGACAAGGUGGACGCGGGGACCAGCGGCGAGGGUAGGCCCACCCCAGGGGAAGAUUACUCCAUUUUGGUGCUGCGGGCGGAAGGCAACCACCUGCAGGACGAACAGCACAGCGAGAAGUACAUCUGCAUCAAGCUGGUAGAACGGGACGAAAAGGGGAAAAUCGAAUUGACCUCCCCAGGAGCGAGCAUAAGGGGGAAGCAAAAUGAGGGAAAGAACGUAAAAGCUAAUCUACACAAUGGAGUACCCAGGAGCGAGGUUAACAAAAUGAGAACGGCCAAUUCGUCGCAGCUAAAUAUUAUGCUAAACGAUAGCGAAGUAAAGUGCUUUAAUUUGAGGGGCAAAGUGUACGAAAGGAAAUGCCUGGAAUUUAAUUUGUGCAACAACACGGGGAAGGAGGUGGAGGUGCGUUCGUAUUUGUACCACGUGUAUGGGAAGGAUUUGAAGGAGGAGAAGCGAAGGGGAAAUUUGGAAGCGGACGUAGUGAGUUCAUGGGGGAACAGCCAAUGCGCGGUGUGCUCCUUAGUUAGUGCCAACUUGAGGCGCCACUUGAGCGGCACGCCGACCCACUUCAGCUGCUUCCACUUGAGCGGCGCGCCGCCCCACUUCUGCUGCCUCCAAAAUGAAAGGAAAAAAAUACAAGUGCAGUUCUGCCCCUUUGCAGAAGGGAGUUACUCCUGCUUCCUCCUGCUCAACGUGAAUGACAAAAAGAGCAACUACGUGGUGUCUGCAUGCAAAGUCAACUGCUUCUUUAACGUAAAGAAUGUGAAGGAGGAGGAGGUCAUAAAGAUGAGGUCCCAAACUUUCAGCUUCUCAUACCAGUUGGAAGUUUGCCCCCUAAAUAGGGAGUUCCUCCACUGUGUGAAGUUCAUCCUGUGUAAUUUGAACCACCUGGAGGAGAGCCAUUUUCUGGCCUACGUAAGGGGCUACCUGAAGGGUAUACAACAUGGGGGGGACAAUUUUUAUAUCCUGUGUGAUAAUGAAGAUAAGGUGACCAUCGAAAGGGGGGUUGCAACGUUUGGAGUGCUUGACGCCGAGAAGUACGUGGAGAAGGCCGCACAUUCUGAAGGCGCAAAUGUAGAGAAGCUACACCAGAUGGUGAAGAGGGAUGUCAAUUAUAUGUGCUUACUUCAGAUAGCUGAGCAGACUAGUGGAGUGUUCGAAUACAACUGCGCUCUGGUGAGGCAGAGGGGUGCCCCCCGAGGUAGGAACCACCUAUCCUAUGAGGAGCUGCGCAAUCUGCACAUCAAGGAGCAGCAGGAAUGGUUCGACCCUUUCUACAAAGUGUACAAAAUUGUAGCCAACGUGAAUGACGCAGGGAAUACCCAAUCGUUGUCCAUCACGUUCAAGACGAGUGCCUUUCUGAUGGCCAAAAAGACCAUUCCUCUGUACAACUACACAAACGGGGUGGUAACCUACAGGCGAGUGCUCUCAGAUGUGAUCGACGAAAAUAACAACGUGGUAGAUUACCAAAUUUUUAGCUGCCCAGAAUAUGUAGAAAUAGGAAAAGACGUGGAAUUUGCCCAAUACGAAGUUAGCUGUUACUCUAUCAUCGGGUUGACAUGCUCCUGCUGCAUCACUCUGUACAAUGUGAAUGAUGAGGAGGAUCGGAUAAAGAUAAACGUGCAGGCAAAUGUUAUGAAGCCCUACCCGAAAGAUACCAUCCACUUGAAGCUACUAAAUAGAAUGAAAAAAACUGCGCAGGUGGAAAUCUACAAUGAGCUAAACUCCCACUGUGAAUUUAAGGUCUUCUCAGAUUUGCCAAUCUUAUUUGGUGGGAAGAAAAUAAAAAUGCUCCCAAAAGAGAGGAAGGCCUACACCUUCUUCGUCACCAGUGCACACAUAGGUGAAUACAUGGGGUGCAUCAUCUUCAAGUUUCACAAGCUGCUCCGUUCAGGUGGUGCAGAAGAAAAAACGAGGGACGCCUCCUUCCCCUUUGCGAACUACUUCUUCUGGUACAAACUCAACAUCACCGUGGAAUUGAACAAACCGCUAAAAAUCUUAUUUUUAGAAACAAAUGUAGGAGAGGAAGUCACCAAAGAAAUUGUCUUGAAAAAUAAUGGCACUCAGGAUGAGGACUAUUUUUUGCUCGCCUACAUGAAUGAGUACAUCGAGAGGACGCAGGUCCAGGUGCCCAGGAAUGACAUCUACGUGUACAGCAUUAGGUACGCUCCGAAAAUGCCCAACUGCUUUGAGGGGGCGUCCAGCGGGGGGGCCCCUCUAGGGGAGAAUCACCCAACCGUCCGGGGGGACCUCCAAAAUGUUUACUUCCCGCAGAAUGGGGACUCCGAGUGGUGUGGCCCAAGGGAAGAGGCCCUCCGUGGGAAGCCCUCAACGGAUUACCCCAAUGAAGAGGCCCCUUCCCGGACGCCCUCAGCGGAAGUGCCCCCCAACCAUGGUGCUGCCCCGAAGCGCAAGCCCUUCCCCCCCAACGAGAAGAAAAUAUUCGAAGAGCUGAUCAGCUACUGCAAGAAGUACAUCCAAGUGGACAUCCCCUACAGGCCCCAGAACAUAGGGUUCUUUUUCAUCUACAACAGAAAUGAGGGAAUAAAUUACUACAUUUUGAUGUUGCUCUCCAGGCUGAGGAGCGAAUUGGAGGUGGGGAGGUUCUCCACCUGCCUGUCAAAGUCCUGCCUCCUCCAUUUGCACUUCCAUUUUAAUGACGAAGAUAAGCGAUACGUUCAUCUGCUGCAAGAGAAGGGGGACCCCCGUGCUGGGAAUUAUCAUUACGAAAUUGGGGAGGGGGUCAAACAUCCCCAGGGGGGAGGAAAUGCUUUAAAGGGAGAGAAUUUCCAACAAGGUACCCCCCACACAGGUCGCGCUUACCAAACGUAUGAUGAUGAAUGGGGGGAGGAGAUCCACAGGGGGGAUGCAAAAAACGGGAAAGAUGCCCCCAUUUGUAAGGACAACCCAUGCAGUGGGAGCGGAUCGGACCAGGAGAAACACGAACUGAAGUGCAUCUACCUAAGCAACAGAAAGAACUUCUUCACAGUAAACCAUGAAGAUGUAGGCAGAAUUGUUCUAAAGUACAGACCGACGGUGGGUACAUCCCAAGAAUGCUACGCCAUCGUUAGGAGCAACCUCCACGGGGACUUCCUCUACCGCAUCAGCGGAACGUACACGGUGAAGAGGAGAAUAAAGGAAAAGCUGGUUUUCUACAACUCCUGCUGUUUGUACAGUUUUAAUGUAAAUCUGUUCAACCCGUUCGACUGCAAGGUGAGGGUAAAGUGUAGGUUCAAGGGGGGGGGCCCGAGCCAGGCGUGCAGCGGAAGAGGUGGCGUGGGGGGAGCGGAAGAGGGAGCGGAAGAGGGAACAGACGAGAGAGACACAGAGAGGAACUGCCUCACCUCGAUGCAGACGGAGCGAGUUCUGCUCAACAACGAACGGAAUUACCUAAAGAUGAUGAAUAAGGAAAACUUUAAAAUAAAAAUGAGGAGGCACUUCACCAUUAUGAUGACGUACUUUUGCAAAGAAGUUUAUUCUAGGAGGGCGGUGCUCGUGGUGAUGAAGCCGCUUCGCAGGGGGGAUGCCACUCGUGAGGACGUCCCCCCGAUGAUUACUUACGAGUACGAUUUUGUCUUUAACAAUUUGUUGAGGAGUGGCAGGCUUCCGGGUGCGCUGCGGUGCGUCCCCAUUGCAGGUGAGGGUAAGAGAGCGGGAGAAAAGGGGAAUCGCGGCGAGGAGCGCUCCCAAAAAGGAGAAGACCCAGGUGUAAGCACAUCAUGCAACUUCCAUUCUGGUGUGGACGCACUGCGGAUUGGCAGCCGCGUGGGUGGAGAUUUCACGAGGCGUUCCGAAGGGGUCGAAGCGGAAAAUAACCUUCCCGAAGUGGCCGAUGGGGAAGAUAACCCUCCCGAAGUGAGCGAUGGGGAGGCCCACCCAUCCGAACAAUCUCCAUCCAGCCACACCUCACGCAGCCCCUCUGCAGCCAGCGAACGAAGCCAUUUCACGCUGAACGCAAGCGAAUUGGGCACAACGGACGUGCUGGAAGGGGAGCUAAAAUCGGAAGACGCAGAUGCCGCCGAAUUUGAGAAGCAUCCCCCCGGCGAUAAGGCGCUAUGGAGACCUAAUGACUACAACGUGGAAGAAGACGUGAGGCGCGAGAGGGUUCUCCCCUGUGCAGCUGGUGGGGCAGCGGGUAGGGCAGCCAUUAGCGCCACGGAUAGUAACGAGGUGGUGCACUACGACGGGAAGGUAUUCAUCGAAAGCAUGUGCAAGGCGAAGACGUGUGUGGAGGUGCACAUAGAUAAGGCUAAGAGGCGGGCAGGGGCAACUCCCCCCCAGGGUGGGGGCCAACUGGAGGGGGAGAAGCAGGAGGGGAAGCAGCAGGCGGGGCAAAAUAGUGCGCUCCACAGGAAUGUGCAAAGGGGGAAGUAUAACUAUAAAAUAUUUUUACAAAACGUGAAAAAUGUGCGUAAGGGCGGGGGUAGCGGUGGAGGUGGCGAAGGCGGCGGUGAAUGCGGCAGGGAGACACCCGGGAUGGACGUGAAAACGAACGCGCUCCUUUUCGACGUGAGUGAGGAGCUGCUGAAUGAUUACCUGUACGUCCACCUUGUGGAGGACACGGCCGCGCGCCUCGUGCUGUCUUUGGAGCUGCUGGCCCUUCUGCCCUUCCACUGCACCUUUGAGGUGUUGGUAAGCAGGACGGGAGAAGCGAACGAAGCGGAUGAAGCGGGUGAAGCGAACGAAGCAGAUGAAGCAAACGAAGUGGUCGGAGAAUCCUCUAAGGGCGAACCCCCCCGCAGACGCGCCACCCUCGAGCGGAACCGCAUAAACGUAGAAGCAUUCAACUGCAUGAACGUGUCCAGGCAGUACCUAAACAUCACCGUUGAUGAAAAUUUAUGUGCAGAGGCAAAGCUUAACAUUUUUUAUAAUCACACGAGCGACGCAUACUUCGACGCGUAUGUGGUUAGGCACAACCAGCUGAACAGCAGCAGCCACUUGAAGGACGAAAUAGUAAAUUUUGAUGUCAAGCCCAAGUGUGGGAUUUUAAAACACGGGAGUUACAACAAGUUCUUCAUCACAAGGGCGAACAGGAAUGGGGUGGUGUCAUUUAACAACUCUUUUUUGUUUUUAAUUAAAACGGAGCGGAACCUCUUUUCGUACAUCGUCUUUUCUCACUACCGGCCGGCCCCCAGCGACGCGCUCGCCACGAAGGAGCAUAACAAGAUAAAGGAGAUCCUCAACGAGAACAAGAAGAGGUUCAGCGUCCUCUUCAGUUCGUUCAAGCAGGAAAAGAAAGAAAGUAGCAUCUUCAAUCAGAAGAACCAGAUUAUCAUUGAGGACAUUUCCAAGUCGACCAACGAAAUUAGAAAUGGCUGA